AUGGCUGGACCUGCUCUCGAGUUUUUCAGGUUUGCAUUGUACCUAGCCAUGCCUCUGGCUGCAAUGGUCCAUUACGGAAAGCCAGAGUGGUAUACACAGAACGUCUUACCGUACAAGGAAAGAAUAUUUCCGCCCAUUGAAAGCACCCAUCGCGAUCUUCCUGUGGAUCAAGCUGCGCUGAAGGAGGAGCUAGCAAGAAUUAUGGCCGAAAAGCGUGCCAGACGACUUCAACGAGAGAAAGACGUGGAGCAAAAACAAAAUUAA